UUUGCGUUUGGACACGGGCCAGUCCUGCUCCUCUGAGUCGCCUUUUAUCAACCAUACGACAGAGAGGCGCAGACGUUUACAGAGCGCGCUGCUGGGAAAAGCGGGAUUCGGGUUUGUUUUGACCAAAAAAAAAAAAAAAAAAUGAGGGCAGCUCUGUGUUCUCUGCCCUGCUUUUCCUGCCUGAAACGCACGCGACAAGUGGGAGAAGAAAGUAACGUGGACGGUGCAGACGCUAAUGGAGAGCUUAAACCCAUCGGUCAUCCCUCCGAGCGAUCCAAUACGGAGCGUACUCCCGGGAGCAUGUACGAGGCGGGGGAGGUGACCGUGCUGCCCCUCGCCCCCGCAGACUCCUCUCAGGGCAGACCCGCGCCGGAGCAGAGGACGCUGACCAGACUCUACUGUAAGAACGGAGGGUACCACCUGAGGGUCACUCCAGAGGGCGGAGUGAGCGGAGGGCGGCAGGACAACGACCCCUACGAUGUGCUGAAGCUGUGGGCUGUGAGCGUGGGAGUGGUGGUGAUCAAGGGGAAGCACAGCGGGCGUUUUCUGGCCAUGGACUCGGAGGGACACCUGUACGGAGCACUAACGCUCACCGACGAAUGCCACUUCAUCGAGACGUACGAGGAGAACCACUACAACACGUACCGCUCCCAGAAGUUCGGAUGGUACGUGGGGCUCAAGAAGAACGGCCAGCCCAAACCCGGAAGAGACACUCACCUGGGGCAGAAAGGCGUGCUCUUCCUGCCCCGCCCGGUCUGAGGAAUCACCGCAAAUACAC